AUGGCAAGCGACAGGAACCAAGCACUUAAUCUCUGCACAGCUGGCAACUACGAUGGCAGCUUUGUGAACACUCAACAGAGAAAUGGUCCAUUCAGAAGUGGUUCCGUCGGGACCUACCUCAUCGGCUGCAGGGGCGUUACGUACGCGCCACAGAGCGGCCAGAAUGCCGUGCCGAUCCUAGGCAGCAAUCAGAUAGCCUACGACUGGACACGCAGGGUUGGUGAUGGAACACAAGCCCCGCAGAAUGCCGACGACUGUGCACGCCUGUGUGGGUGGAUGUAUCUCGAGAAUCAGCUGGGGAGCCCGCAGAACACCAGCUAUGCAUGCCAGUCGUGGGAGUGGACUACCAGCAACACUUGCAAUUUGUACAGGGACCGUAACUACGAUGGCACCGCGAAACAACUUAUUCAAACCACGGGCAAGACUGCUGUUGUUGCAGCAGGCGGCUGGGCCAGCGGUGCGCAACAGGUCAACUACGUCACGUCCUGGAAGCGAAGCAUCAACCCUGGCCAGGCAGUCGGUCGGUAUGUGCGCGAUGUACAGGUCGAGGACGAAUGGGAAGAUUGGAUGAAGGCGGACCUAGUCCUUGGUAUGGAGGCAGUGUGGUAA